UAGAGAUACCACACGCACGCCUUACCCCUUCAUUCGGGUUUCGCAUUCCCUACUGUACGGACCUCACCAUGUCGCCUCCAACACUCCGCACGGACGCUUCCCUCGUCGGGCACCGACUCACCCCGGUUCUCCGGCGGUGCAAGGGCGACGAAGCUCUUCCAUCGGAAGAACACCGGGCGAGAUUCGAGCCCGGCACGGCGCUGGCGGCCUACAGCCGGGAUGAUCUGGAGACGCGGGUGAAAGAACUCACCGCAUCAGACCCGGAGGAGCUCCUCGACCUGGCGGGCCUAAACCCGAAGGAACAGUCAUCGCUCGUCCGUUUAGCUCAUUUUCUGAUCCUCGCAGCGAACGAGACGAUGGCAGCGCAGCCGGUAGACCAAACGAAGACCGGCAGGAUAGCAGCCCAAGCCGCCGUGGGCCUCCUACACGAGAAGCCAGACGCGGAGUCUGGGAGCAACACGAAGAAGCGCCCCACACCGCCGGCUAACGACACCCCGACACCCACUAAGAAAGCAAAAGCCGCCCGACCCUCGGCCGCCGCAGCCACCACGGACUCUUCGGACGCCGAGAGCGGCGAGGAAUUGGAGGAUGAAGGAGCUCAGGCCAUGCAGGGUGCACUUAGAAAACUCAAGCGCAUCUGUAGGGAACCAACCAUUCACGCAGAGCCGGAGCGACUGGAGCGGGCCUUGCAGAAGGUCAUUGACACGGCCUCGAGCGCGAAGGCAAAAGAGUACUACGAGGGAGUUCGGGGGUUCUUCCUCAAAAACACAACAAGCUUCGGCAUCGGGCGAGAAGUGCUGAAGUUCGUGAUGACGAAGCAGGAACGCCGCUUCGCCGAAGAAGCGGAGAGGGCCACCGCGGCGCUCAGGGGAGGCAACAGGAAUGCCUUCUACUCACACGGGAGAUCACGAGCACCGGCAGCCAUCUGGGGCCCGAAGGCCGGCCCCUCUCAUCCCCCCUCCCGCACGUGGGGACCCAGGCGCCGCCCAGACGCGAGGGGAUGGAACCACCCCAGGUCUCACUCGGCGGGCAAGCGGAGCGGAGACGCCCAGAGAACCGAGGAGUGUUUCAACUGCAACGAGCGGGGCCACUGGCAGCGAGACUGCCCUCACCCAAAGCCCUACCCUAGGGAGACUAGGCAAGACGAGCUGAGGAAUGAUUCCAACGACUGGAGACUCAUAUCUGCUCCCGAGACUGUCAUCGUCUACAUGCCAUACGUGGAAGGACGAAUAGGCCGUGAUCUACAGUUUGUUUCAGAUGAGCCUGUGCUGAGAGACUCGCCAGAUCACCCUGGAAAUUUGGGAGGUGCAUAA